CUCUUCCAAUGCGCAUGAUCUUAUUUGUUGCCAUUUUGAGAUCACGGGAUGCAAAUUUAAUCUUACCGAGAAACAAGCGUGUUUAUAAAGCUAUCAAUGAUCAAAGGAAGAGUUAACAACCAAUGGCAACAUAGCCAAGCGAACAAAAGCAAAAUGUCUUCUGUGAAAGUGGCAGUCAGGGUGCGACCCUUUAACAAUCGUGAAACUUCCCGAGAUGCCAAAUGUAUCAUAGAUAUGAAAGGACAAACUACAUCGAUAGCGAAUCCCAAAGAUGUUCGAGAUGAUGGUCCAAAGAGCUUUAACUUUGACUACUCUUACUGGUCCCAUACAACACCAAAUGAUCCAAAUUUUGCGUCCCAAAGAAAGGUAUAUGAAGACAUUGGAAUUGAGAUGUUGGAGCAUGCUUUUGAGGGGUACAAUGUCUGUAUAUUUGCAUAUGGACAGACAGGUGCUGGAAAGAGUUAUACAAUGAUGGGUCGCAAUGAGCCAGGACAACAGGGCAUCAUACCUCAACUCUGUGAAGAUUUAUUCAACAGAAUCAAGGACAAUAGUGACUCAGAUGUGCAAUAUUCUGUAGAGGUUAGCUACAUGGAGAUCUACUGUGAAAGGGUGAGGGAUUUACUGAACCCCAAGAACAAGGGACAUCUCAGAGUACGUGAGCACCCUCUAUUGGGGCCCUAUGUAGAAGACUUAUCCAAACUUGCAGUGCAAUCAUUUAAAGAUAUUAAUGACCUGAUAGAUGAAGGCAAUAAGGCAAGAACUGUUGCUGCCACCAAUAUGAAUGAGACAAGUAGUCGAUCCCAUGCAGUAUUCACUAUUGUAUUUACACAGAAACGACAUGAUAAAGAAACCAAUUUAUGUGGGGAAAAAGUUAGUAAAAUUAGCUUGGUAGAUCUAGCUGGUAGUGAGAGAGCAGAUUCCACGGGUGCUGUAGGAACUAGAUUGAAAGAGGGUGCAAAUAUCAACAAAUCUUUAACAACACUAGGAAAAGUCAUAUCAGCUCUGGCAGAAGUGUCCAACAAAAGGAAGCGUCGGUCAGAUUUCAUACCAUACAGAGAUUCUGUGCUAACAUGGCUCCUCAGGGAGAACCUUGGUGGUAAUUCUAAGACUGCUAUGGUAGCCGCCCUUUCUCCUGCCGAUAUUAACUAUGACGAGACAUUGAGCACCCUGAGGUAUGCUGACCGUGCCAAACAGAUCAUGUGCAAGGCCAAGAUUAAUGAGGAUCCAAAUGCUAAACUGAUCAGAGAACUUAAAGAAGAGGUGCAAAGACUUAAAGAACUGCUGUUGAAAGAAGGCAUCAUGAUGGAAGGCCUUGCAAAUGUUGAAAAAUUACAACGCCAUCGUAAAGAAUCAUUGCUGAUAGAGGGCGGAGAGGAUGCAAUGGAGAGGCUGAAAAUGUCAGAAAAAUUAAUUUCAGAAUUGAAUGAAACCUGGGAAGAAAAGUUAAAAAAGACAGAGGCUAUAAGAUUAGAAAGGGAGUCGGUACUUGCUGAAAUGGGUAUCGCACUCCGUGAUGAUGGUCACAUUACUGGCGUCUUUCGCCCAUUAAAAGUCAAGACGCCUCAUCUGGUUAAUCUCAAUGAAGAUGCCCUGAUGUCCGAGUGCUUGCUGUAUUAUAUAAAGGAUGGUAAAACAAUGCUUGGUAGACCAGAACCUAACUCUAAAGAACACAUGGAUAUUCAGCUGAGUGGGGCAAACAUUUUACCUGAACAUUGCCAGUUUGAAAAUAAAGAAGGUGUGGUCACACUGACUCCAAUGCCAGAUGCUGCCUGCUAUGUAAAUGGGAAGAAUGUCACUGAACCCAUUGUACUAAAGACUGGUGCUAGAGUUAUCCUUGGGAAGAACCAUGUGUUCAGGUUCAACCACCCAGAACAAGCAAGAGAAAGGGCGGCAGAGAAGAAAUCUCCAUUAGAUACCCCAAGCAGUGGGGAGCCAGUUGACUGGAACUUUGCACAGCUGGAACUUUUAGAGAAACAAGGAAUUGACCUUAAGAAAGAAAUGGGAAUCAAACUUCGAGAGAUGGAGGAACAGUACAGAAGAGAGAAGGAAGAAGCUGUCCAGGCCUUUGAACAGCAGAGAAAGGAUUAUGAGAUCAAAAUCGCCAACUUACAAGAGCAGGUGGAGCGUCAGUCAAUGAUGUCAUCAAUGACUCCCGAUGACUUUAUAUCUGAUGACGAAGCAUUUAGUGAAUGUACAUGGACUGAGAGAGAAUAUCAAUUGGCUGCCUGGGGCUUCCGUAAAUGGCGCUACCAUCAGUUCACGUCCCUGAGGGAUGAUCUAUGGGGGAAUGCCAUCUUCUUGAAGGAAGCCAAUGCUAUCAGUGUGGAAUUACAGAAAAAGGUCCAGUUUCAGUUUGUUCUGUUAACAGACACCCUGUACUCCCCACUUCCCGCAGAUCUUCUUCCCCCUGAGGGUCGGGAUGAUACCAGACCAUUCCCUAAAACAAUUGUUGCAGUCCAAGUCCAGGAUUUAAAGAAUGGCGCUACUCAUUAUUGGUGUCUCGAAAAAUUAAGACAAAGACUUGAGCUGAUGCGUGAGAUGUAUCAGAAUGAGGCUGAGCUCUCGCCAACAUCUCCCUUGCCAUGUCGUGACAUUGAUAGCAUCACUGGUGGUGACCCCUUUUAUGACCGAUUUCCAUGGUUCCGUCUUGUAGGAAGAGGGUUUGUAUAUAUGAGCAACCUUGUUUACCCAGUUCCGUUGAUCCACCGUGUUGCCAUAGUGAGUGAGAAAGGAGAUGUUAAAGGUUUCCUACGAGUUACCGUGCAGGCUGUUACUGAUAUGGAGGAGAACACACCUGCUGGAGUUAAACAGUCUGGAAAUGCAAAGAUUGCUUUCAAUGAUGAGGAAUAUUUUAAAAAGAAGUCUGGCAUGGUAAAGUUUGAGGCAGCUGGCCAGGAGUCAGAAGAUCUUCGUGUUGUUGAGGGAGAGAGUCGGGAUGAUCCAGAGGCUGAGGCAAAAGCUGAAGAGGAUAAAACGGACACAGAGAAAGGAAAGCUUGGCACAUGUGAGAUCCCAGAUAUCAAUGAGACAGACUUACCCAAUCACUUAAAGCUUGGUGAACAGUUUACAUUCCGCGUCACAGUUCUCCAAGCGUCAGGAAUCUCACCUGAAUAUGCUGACAUCUUCUGCCAGUUCAAUUUUCUUCACCGUUAUGAUGAGGCAUUUUCCACAGAACCCCUGAAGAACACUGGGAAAGGACCUCCCCUGGGCUUCUACCAUGUGCAAAAUUUCACUGUGACAGUCACCAAGGCAUUUCUCGAUUAUGUUAAGUGUCAGCCAAUCGUGUUUGAGGUGUUUGGACACUACCAGCUACACCCUCUGCAUGAUCAGGCUCGGGAAGUGCCCGCUAGUUUCACCCAGCGACCCCCACACAGAACAUUUCCACAGAGUAUACCAAUCUCAAUCCCUGUACCCUCCCCCAAACUAGGGAUCAUCACACCACUGAGCACAAGUCAUGUACAUGCCAAGUAUGACGCCCUGGUGUGGUUUGAAAUCUGUGAAUUAGCCCCAAAUGGAGAGUAUUUGCCAUCAGUGGUGGACCAUAGUGAUGAUAUGCCAUGCGCUGGAAGCUUCAUGUUCCACCAGGGCAUACAGAGACGUAUAUGUAUCACCAUCGUACACGAGAACGGGCCUGACCUUAUAUGGCGUGAUGUGAAGGAAGUGGUGGUUGGGAGAAUCAGGAAUACACCAGACUGGAAAGAAGAAGACACGGAGAACUCUGUCUUGUCUCUAAAUCUUCUACCAGCACACUACAUGAUUAAACCGAAUGAUGAAAGAAUAUUCUUCCGGUUUGAAGCAGCAUGGGAUAGUUCGCUACAUAACUCCCCCCUCUUGAAUCGAGUCACCCCUUAUGGUGAGAAGAUAUACAUGACCAUGUCUGCAUAUCUAGAUAUGGAUAACUGUGCCCAGCCUGCAUGUAUCACCAAGGAUUUCAGUAUGGUGUUCUAUGCCAGGGAUGCCAGGAUAUCUGCCCCAAGUGGUCGUUUCAGGUCAUUAAAGGCGUUGUUUGGCCAAGGAUUUGGGCGAAGCCACGAUUGUAACCGCGUGACGGGAGUCUACGAGAUUAUGCUUAAACGAGUGCAGGAAACAGGUAGCCCAGGAGUGCAGAGACGCCAGCGUCGUGUUCUUGAUACAUCAUCGACAUAUGUGAGGGGAGAAGAGAAUCUGCAGGGAUGGCGCCCUCGUGGUGAUUCCCUCAUUUUGGACCACCAGUGGGAGCUUGAAAAGCUAACAAGACUGGAGUUGGUUGAGAAGACUAGACAUAUCCUUCUCCUACGUGAGAAACUCCAGGAACAAAACAAUGUGGAAGCUCUGAGCAAGUUGGACAAAGAGGCACUGAACCUGUCCAUGAAAGCCAAGGCUUUGGCCCAACAGAGCAAGGAAGAUAAGGAUAUUGAUGAGAAAGAUGAAAAUGCAGCCCUAGCAGAGAUGGACAACCAAAAGCUGGAGGGUGCUGUGGCUAAUUCUGAUACGGCAGAAUGUGAUAAAGAGACGGAGGUGAUGACGAUGUGUCUCAAACGUAUGGUACCAAUACGCCCAGUGGUGCCACCAUCACCUAAGCACAUAGAUCCACCAGUUGUCAUAGAGACAGGGGAUGAGGCAGCUCAGACUCCUGAGGGUAACCCUAGUAACCAGAUGACAGAGAGCAUGACCUCCGCUGUUUCAGCAGCAUCAGAUAUGUUCAGACAAGUGUCCCCUACUACGGAAGCCUAUAAAACGCUGUCUAUGACUAACGCAGUGUCAACUGACAAUCUGUGUGCUGUGGGUAGGAAGUUGCCCCCCAGACCAGAUGGUGAUGGUGAGAAUGACCCCCUGUAUGUCCCUGAUACUGAGGAGAUCCGCGUAAGCCCCGUAGUCUCACGUAAAGGAUAUCUGAACUUCUUAGAGGAGAAAGCUAUAGGCUGGGUAAAACGCUGGGUGGUUGUCCGCAGGCCCUAUGUGUACAUCUACAAUAAUGAAAAGGACCCUGUAGAAAGAGGGCUUAUUAACCUUGCUACAGCACAGAUUGAGUACAGUGAAGAUCAGCAGGCCAUGCUCAAGAAUCCUAAUACUUUCUCUGUGAUGACAAAACACCGAGGUUUUCUGCUGCAGACUCUAGAUGACAAAGAUGUCCAUGACUGGCUCUAUGCCAUUAACCCUCUCCUAGCUGGCCAGAUAAGAUCCAAACUUUCAAGGAGAAAGCAAGCUUUGGAGAUCUAAGCUGUAAACAAUGGUUACUCUGGUCCAGGAGAUAGCUGAAGGGAGUUUAGAUAUAUACAUGUACAUCCAGGUUUAAAUGCUAACAUCAAUGGACCAAGUAUAUGACAGGCCUAACUGUCAUUGAAUGACAAACACCUGAUGAGAACAGUGUGUUGCACCACAUAUGUGCAUGUGGCUUCACAGCAGUAGAUGUGACAUCACAUCUGAAGAAUACAAGGCUUU